AUGACUGACGUUUCUGCACUCGCUCCUCGCGAGGAGGAGCACGAACCCCAUUAUGAGCCUGUAAUUAGGCUCACGGAGCAGGUCGAGACCAAGACGUUUGAAGAGGACGAAGAUGUCCUCUUCAAAAUGCGUGCAAAGCUCUUCCGGUUCGCUUCGGAGUCAUCAGAAUGGAAGGAAAGAGGAACUGGCGAUGUCCGUCUCCUCCAGCACAAGGAGACGAAGAAGGUUCGACUAGUGAUGAGGCGCGAUAAGACUCUAAAGGUCUGCGCGAACCACGCGAUCACCUCCGAUAUGAAGCUGCAGCCCAACAUCGGAUCCGACAGGAGCUGGGUCUGGAAGGUUGCUGCAGACUACUCUGAGGAUCCGCCUACAUCCGAGACUCUCGCGAUCCGCUUCGCUAACGCAGAGAACGCGAGCCAGUUCAAGGAAGCAUUUGAGGCUGCGCAGAAAACGAACGCGAGCAUUGCUGCUUCCGGUGCACCUGCUCCUGCUCCUGCCGCGGCUCCGGAGGAGAAGAAGGCAGAAGAGAAGAAGCCCGAAGAGGAGUCGAAACCGGCAGAAGAGGUCAAGGAGGAGAUCGUAGAAGAGAAGGAGGAGGAGACUGCUCCAAUCGAAGAGAAGAAGGAGGAGGGGUUUGAAGUGAUCAACUCCUCAGAGGCCACUGAAGAGAAGAAGGAGUGA